CGACGACCUUUUUCCCCACGUACAGUUUUACCCCGAAUUUCAUAAUUUCACAAUUUCGUCAUCGCUCUCUCUCUCUCACACGCGCGUCGUCGCGCCCGCAAACUGUCUUUCUCCAUACAAACGCGUCCUCCCUCUCUCUCUCUCUCUCUCCCUCGCGCGUCGCAUUGAGAUUGUCACCACCACCACCACCGCCACUUCAUAAAAACCAUACUAUACUAUACCAUACAUAACAACAACAACACCAACAACCUCUCCACGGAUCCGGAAAAGAUUCGUCACAUCAGCUUUCCGCAUACACGAGAGCUCCGACCCACACACACACACACACACACACAGAAGGCGGAGGAGGAGGAGGAGGAUCCCCUCAUCACCGACGCCGAUGCCCUCCGACGCCGACCUCACCCGAUGCCUCCAGCGCACCGUCCGCGAUGCCCUGCGCCAAAGCCAAGACAUCACCGUCAACCUCGCGAGGCGGCGCGUCGAAGAGGAAUUGGAUCUCGAGGCAGGCUUCUUCAAGGAAGACGUGAGGUGGAAGGCGAAGAGCAAGGAGGUCAUCCAGGAGGCCUUUUCUGCUGCUGAGAAGGAGGGGGAGGAGGAGGAUGGGCAGGAGGAGGAUCAGGAGGAGCGGGAAGCAGAGGUUGAGCUGCCGUCGAGGAGGACCAAGCCCGGCAAGGCGAAAUUGAAAGAGGAGAUUCCGCAGCCGAAGAAGAAGAAGGAGGAGGAAAAGGUUGUUGUUGGUGAAAAGAGGAAGGCGUCGGGGGUGGGUUCGGCGGCGAGGAAGCGGAGGAAGGCGGCGGUGGUGGACAGCGAUGAUGAUGAGGUAGACGAAGAGGAGGAGGAAGAGCAUGACCAGCAGGAUGACAAUAGCAAUGCCGAUUCCGACGAUGCUUUUGAGGAUUCUGGCAAAGAAAUCAUAGACGAGGACGAGGACGUGAUCGACGUACAACCUCACCAGGCAAAAUCUCGGACAAAAGUCGUCGAGGACGAUGAUGAUGACGACAAAUCCUCAUUAUCGGACCCGCCGGAUCGUGAUAGCUCCAUCGAAGUAUCCAAAAACAAGAAGGAAGAAGCAGAAAACGACGACCAAAACGACAAAAAUGACAACGACAACGACGACGAAAGCGACAUGUCCAUCCUCAACGACUCCCCACCACCAGCCAAAAAGAAGAAACGCACCACCACCAACAAACCUCCCAAACCCAAACCCAGCGCCGCCACCACCAAGCCCACCUCCAAAUCCGACGCCCUCUCCCCGACCGAGGCCGAAAUCAAACGUCUCCAAUCCCAGCUCGCCCAAUGCGGCCACCGCAAGCAAUGGCACCGGGAGCUCGCGCCCUUCGCCACCUCGAAUGAGAAAGUCCGCCAUCUGAAAUCCCUCCUCGCGGACAUCGGGAUCAAGGGCCGCUUCUCGGCCGACAAGGCCAGAGCCAUCAAGGAGGCGAGGGAGCUGGAAGAGGAGAUCCAGGCCGCAAGGGAGUUCGAGAGGCGGUGGGGCGCUGCUGGUGACGAGGAUGAGGAGGAGGAGGAUGAUGGGGAGGGAAGUGAAGAUGAAGGGAAUGGAGCGAGGAGUUCGAGGGCGAAGAAGGGAGACGAUAACGUCCCGCCUAGGCAGAGAAGGGGCGUCCUUCCGAAGGGUCUGGUGGAUUUCGGAGACAGCGGCGAUGAAGCCAGUGAUUGAUUUCGAUGAUGAUGAAGUGGAACAUGGUUUCGAUUUUUUCUCGUUCGUUUCUUUCGAUUCCGGAAACGUUGAAGUCGGGGAGGUUGAAGAUCCCCUGACCUAACUUACCAUUCGAAGAAGAUGAAGAUGAAGAUGAAGAUGUGAUAUCCGCUCAGUACCCAGAGCGUGAUUUCCUGUCAUAUGACCUGGGAACUCAUAACGAAGCAUAGAACAAUGCUGCAAUAUUGAGUUCCCUGUGUAAUAAACGAGGCAUCAUGAAUCAUUUCCGCAACUUCUUCCUCGACCACGACGAUCACGACCACGACGAAAAGAGGGAGCGGGGACUGACUAUAUAUAGAUUGCCCUCAUGGCGACGUCCCGUGCCGACCGGGUGCGGAACAUUCCUUUCCAUGGAUAUUACCUCAGGUGGACAUCAUGUGCUUACGUAACUACCUAGGUGUGUAACGCCAAGCACCAGGGC